AAUUGAUAUAAUUUUCGUGGCCAAAAUACAAAAUUUUGCUGCUCAAAUUGGAUAACACCUACAUGCAAUAUAAUAAAAUAUUAAAGGAAAAUUAGAAAUUAUCGUAAAUUAUCGAAGGAAGGAAAUUAACUAAUUCAUCACUCAUCACUGUUCUCAUCUAAAAUGAUUAAGAAAACUUUAUUUAAACUAUAAAAUUUUGAUUAAUAUAGCAAUCAUGAUAUGUUGCUUCCCGACGAAACAUAUGAACAGGCUAUACGCCCAACACCAUCAACAGAAACAAUAUUAAUUCAGUCAGAAAUAGCACCUAGAAAAAAAUUAGUCGAAUUUUAUUCACCAAAUCUAAAUGAUAAGAAAAAUCAUAAUAUCAAUAAUAAUACUCAUAGUCAAAUUACUACGACAAUAAAACCAUCCUCAUCAAUAACAUCGGUAGCAACAAUUAAAGAAAAAUUUAAAAAAUCGUGUUUAUUACCAACAAAUAUCAAUAAAAAAUCACUUUCAAUAACAAAUCUUAAAGAAAUUAUAACAAAAAAUGAUGAAAAAAUUUCAAAAGAAUCUCAUGACAAUAACUAUAAUCGAAUUCAAUCAAAUAAACAGUAUCAAAAACAAAUUAAAGAAAAAUCACCAACAAUUUCAACAAUACCAAUCACAACAAUCUCGACCUCAACAGCAACAACGACGAUGAUAAAUCAUUAUAGUAAUUGUAAUAUAACUUCAUCAUCACCAUCAUCAUCAUUUUCACCAACAUCAACAUCAUCAUCUAAACGUCGUAAUUCAAUUGCUAGCUAUGAUCGAACAUCCGAUUUUUUUAAUCAUAUACCAGAUUUUAUUGGUGAAGCAUUAAACCCGUUUACUAUUAAAAAUUUUCAACAACAAAAACAAUUACAUAAGAAACAACAAUAUCACCAAUAUAAUCAUCAGCAACAUCAACAACAAAAAAAUCGCAAUAUUGUAAAAAAAAGUAAUUUAAUACCAAAAGUAACUAUCAUUAAUGGUCAUCACUUACAAUCACGUAAUAACAGCAAUCAUAAUAAUAAUGAUGAUGAUUUAGUAGAUGACGAUAACAAUAGUAGUGAUAAUAGUAUCGAUGACAAUGGUGAAUUUGAUUCCUUUAAUAAUAGUUCCGAUAUACUUAAGAUAUGUGAAGAAUUCUUAUGGCGUUAUAGAAUACGUCCAGAUUUUUUUUGUAAAUAUCAUAAAGCUUUAAGGUUAGCUGAAGGAAAUGGUACACUUUAG